AAAAUUUCUAAUUACUUUGGUAAUGUAAUAUACUCCAUUAAAAGUAUCUAGAAUUCAUAUAUAGCAACAAACUAAAUUUCUAUUUUAAACUUGGAUUACAUUCUUGAUAGGUCUCUGGGGUGUGCAACAAAAUCUUAAAAUUCCUUUGAUUAUUUGGAGAAUGAAAAUGAUUUGCAUACUUUGUAUAACAUAGGUUAAGUUCGCAUUAAUUAUGAUCUUAUAAUCAAUAAGGAAAUAUCAUAGAAUCCAGGACUUUAAGCAAACCUAAUAUAUAUACACACACAUAUAUUAAAAUGAUAACUUUCAGGGACUUCGGAGAGUUAUUAAGUAACUUACAUGAUAAUAGGUCUUUUAAAGAGAACUUGUUAGGAAUACUAAAGGAUAUGGAAAAGGUGGUUUGUAUCAGAGAAUUUAUCGAAUUCAUUCUAUAUAAAUUCAACCUCCAUUCUUUAUUAUUAUUGAUCAUCAGGCAAUGAAUUUAGUUUAUUUUAGAUUCAUCUUUAUUUCUUCCAGUUGUUUUAGUGCUAGGUGUAAGGUGAAUGUUUACAGCUAAGAGAGUAUGUUUUAAAAAUCAUUUAAAAGAAAAUAUGUCUGUUUUAUAUCCUAGAUCUCUCAGGAAGGAAGAUUCAGAUCGUGACUCUAUAAUGAUCUUUAUAUUAGAAACUUGUAUCGAUUUGAGAUGUUGCAAUGAGGAUUUUUCCUAUCCAUGUCAUCGAUUCCAGGAGCUGAUUCGUUGAUGAGAAAGAAUUAGAAGCCUCUACCUAGAGAAAUUAGAAACCACUUAGGUUGACUUCUUGAUAUUCAUAAGCGAU